AUGGAGGACAAGGCCGUUGCUGUUGUUCCAGGGGAGCAUCACGAUGCGACCAAGGGAGACUCUGAGGCGCAAGUUGCUGCUGUCGAGCGGGCUUCCAGCAGACGACAGAGGUUGUCUGAUAUAUUCACAAUUUUUUGUUCUGGCUUCGCCCUCAUCUCCGACGGCUACCAGAAUAAUCUCAUGACCAUGGCCAACGUGCUCUUCAAGAGGGAAUACCCCAACGAGUACACUUCCUCAGUCAGCACCCGCGUUUCCAACGCCCUCCUCGUCGGCGAGAUUCUUGGCCAAGUCGUCGUCGGCCUGACCUGCGACUACAUGGGCCGCAAGACGGCCAUCAUCACGACGACGCUGCUCAUUGUUUGGGGGGACCCCGGCCCCCCGCCUCUCAUGGCGUCACUAUCGACGGCAUGUGGUGAGUACCCUGCCGCCAGUACAUCUGCAUCCGAGGCCGCCAACGAACACACCCCGGCGAACCGCGGCCCCGUCUUCAUCCUCGUCACCAAUCUCCCUCUCUCGUUUGGCGGCCCGUUCGCCGUGUCCGUCUUCCUCAUCGUGCUGUCCGCCGCCGGCGAGACCAAUCUCUCAACCGUGUGGCGCGUCUGCUUCGGCAUCGGUGUCGUACUGCCCCUGACCGUCUUCUACUUCCGCCUCAAGAUGCUCAACUCCAAGCUGUACCGCCGCGGCGCCAUCAAGAAGCACGUUCCCUACGGCCUGGUCGUCAGGUACUAUUGGAAAACACUGAUUGGCACCUGCGGCGCCUGGUUCCUCUACGACUUUGUCACCUUUCCCAACGGCGUCUUCUCCGGCACCAUCAUCUCCAGCGUCGUCUCCAAGACCGGCAGCACUCUCCGCAGCACGGCGGAGUGGCAGCUUCUCCUCGGCGCCAUUGCGCUGCCCGGCGUUCUCCUGGGCGCAUUCCUCUGCGACAGGCUGGGCCGCAAGAAUGUCAUGAUGAUCGGCUUCUCAGGAUACUUGGUCUUUGGGCUCAUCAUCGGCUGCGCUUACGACAAGAUCACCGCCAUCAUUCCCCUCUUCGUCAUCUUCUACGGCCUCAUGCAGAGUUCUGGCAACCUGGGCCCGGGCGAUAUGCUCGGCCUCAUUUCUUCAGAGAGCUACGCCACCAGCGUCCGUGGAACAUGCUACGGCCUCAGUGCGGCCAUUGGCAAGGCGGGCGCUGCUGUGGGAACACAGGCGUUUACGCCGAUUCAAGAUAGAUUCGGCAAGAAGUGGACAUUCAUUGUCGCGGCUAUAUGCGGUGUGGUGGGCGUUUUGGUCACGUACUUCUUUGUGCCCAGGUUGACGGGAGAGGAUCUGGCCAAGCGGGACGAGGAGUUUAGGGCGUACUUGUUGGCGAAUGGGUGGAAUGGCGAGAUGGGCGAGGCUGAUUUGAAGGGUUUGGCUGGGGAUGUCGACGAGGGCGUGGUGUCUGGUGAUGAUAGAGAGAAGGGCGUCAGAGUUACUGCGUAG